AUGAAGAUAGGGGUUAAAUGUUACUGUAACAGUUUUGCCCUAGUAGAGGAAGCAUAUCGUUCGAAUCGUGCAUUUGCACAAUUCCAGAAGAAGUUCACCGUAUUCCUCAACAACUUCCUCCCUUCCAACAAUAUACCAUUGCCUAACGGUUUGACCUGGCUAAGACCAGCAGCGGAGGACAUGCUUCAAGAACACCGCUACCUCAAAGUAAACUACGAGUCCUUCAUUGACUGGAAAUCGGCCACCAAUUACCUUAGAUGUAACCCGAGUUUCUACGGCCAUGAACGGCGUCAUUGCACACUGAUACGUACCCACAACAAGGAUGGCAACGACCGAAACAUUUUUGUCCGAUUGCUAUUCAUGUUUAAGUAUGUUGUUGAUCAGGAUCUGCGCUUCACUCAUCUUCGUGCACAACCCGCAGCUUUAUCUGAGUUUAUUUCCAUUCAUUCAAUCAUUCACGGCGCUCUACUUGUCCCCAACUAUGACAGCGAUACAGACUUUUUUGUUGUUGACUACGUGGAUACGGAUAUGUUCCUCCGUUCUCGAAGGAAAUUCUUUUAG